GCAUCGUAGAAAUGUUCAAUUGAUCUGAAAAUGUACAUGAUGUGAAAUAUAAAUAUUACAUUGGCGAUGGUGACAGCAAAACCUACAAAAAUAUCGUUGAUGCAGAUCCAUAUGAAGAAAGUUGUAAAAAAAGUUGUAAAAAAAGAAUGUAUUAAUCAUGUGUCAAAGCGUAUGGGCAGCAGAUUGCGAAAGUGCAAAAAGAAUAAUAAAGGUCUUGGUGGCAAAGGAAAACUAACAGAUAAAGUUAUUAAUGACAUGUCACUUUAUUACAGUCUUGCGAUUCGCAAAAACAAGGAUUCCGUGAAUGAUAUGCAUAACGCUAUUUGGGCUAUACUUUUAUAUAAAAGUUCCACGGAUACAAAUCCUCAACAUCAAAAUUGUCCUGAAGGCGCUGAUUCGUGGUGCACUUGGCAAAAAGCGAAAGCUGAAGAUAAAUUGCAGGAAUAUAAGCAUAAGCCGGCUCUUCCACAUAAUGUUAUCGAAGCAAUAACGCCAAUUUUUAAAAAUUUGACCGAUAAAGAAUUACUGACAAGAUGCUUAGGUGCAUAUACACAAAAUAAUAAUGAAAGUUUUAAUAAUCUGAUAUGGAAAAUUGCACCAAAAGUAUUGCAUAGUGGAGUUUUCAUUGUCAAAAUAGCGGCUUGUUUAGCCGUAUGUAGGCCAUUUAUUAUUAUUGCAAAUUGUGGAAUUGUUAGGAAUAUGCAUUGGACCCGAAAUGACAAAUUAUGUUGUAAACGAGGAUCGGCGACGAAUUGCUGCUGAGAUGCGAACGCGAGCGGCAACGCACGAAGAAAGAAUACAUUUCAGGAAGGAUAUGAAUGCAAUAAAUGAUGCUGCCGAUGCUACAGACGAUUCAUUUUAUGGUCCUGGAAUAGAUUCACUAUGAUAAUUACAACUUGAGUUCUCUACAGAGCCGAUGGACCAUGUUUUGUGAACACGGAAGUCUACAAUGUUGAGCAACAUCGUCAUAUAUUUAUAUUUUGACAUAUAAAAAUUCUUAAAAUAUCUUCAAAGUAUACCCAAUUGAUACAUCAAUUCAUAUUUUUUCUAAAACUUAUAGUUACUUUUAAAAAAUUGACAAAAAAAGCCUUUUUUUAAAGCCUUUACUUAGGUAUACCCCCUUAAUUCAUAUGUACGUAACCGGACAAAACCUCCGGUUGUAACAAUUAUUAUUUUAAAUCGUUUGUAUUUCGUAUGAAGAGUUUUGAAGUGCAAAUAAAAAGGUUUGUAAGUCAUUCUAUUAA